AUGUCUCUGGAUUUUUCAUCGACCCAUAAGGCGUUAAAACCAUUAUUGUACUAUUUAUUAUUUUUCGGAUUGUGUCGACCAUUUCCAAAGCCGAACAAGCUUGUCAUGGUGAUCUUUGUUUUGACCUUUAUCUUACAAAUAUGGAUGAUUAUUAUGUGUUUUUGGAAAGUCGUUGUCUGCUUUCAAGGAGCAGAAAAUCCUACCGAACCUGAAAACAUUUCAUUAUACAUUAUAGCCAUCCUUGUUGCCAUAAACGAAACAUUCUAUUUUCUGUAUGGAUUGUUUUAUGGUGGUAAGCGAUUUGAAGCGUUUAUUGCGUUUACUGAAGAACUUCAGAGUGAUCCGAUUUAUAAUGUAAAUUUUGAUAAACUGAAGAGGAAUGUAACUAUAUUCAUUAUAAUAACGUCGGUUUGUCUUUCAGUAUCUUUUUUAGUGUUGUUGAUCACAAAUUUGCCGAUAUUUAAUCCAGACUUUUCUUGUUUCUUUUCCCCUUACAAUAUUGGUUCGCCUGGAUAUUGGAUUCACAUCAGCAGUUUACCUGUUCUGGCCGUUUUGGUUUUGGGACAGACCAUUGGUAUCUUUGGCAUUCUCACAGCAGUGUGUUACAUGGUCAAGACUCAGUUGACAGUUUGUAAUAUUGAAUUAGAGAAGCUGGUCAAAUCUACACCAACAACUAAAAAGAUCGUUGAAAUCAGGAAACGAUUUUUCUCCAUCCACAGAUACUGCCAAUUGGCAGAUAACGCUCUGACACCUUUGGUUGCGACAAACAUUGUCAUCAAUUUCCUCAUCGUAUGUUUAUUUGCUAAUACCUUAUCCUAUGGGAAGUUUGGACCAACUGAAAUAGUAACAUACCCCAUUAUUAUGUUGUUCUGUUUUUUCGAGAUAACCUUUAUAGUAGUCAACUGUACACUGGUUAAUGAGAAGGGGAAAUGUUGUUUAGAGACCGCUGUAUAUCUUGAAGGAAGUAAAAUGGAUGAUAAAACGAUUUCUGUGUUAUUUGGUACAUUGGUAACCUACAUAGUCUUAGUUAUUCAGUUAAAACCUGCAUAA